CUCUUCUCUCUAUCAUCUCCUUUAUCCUCUUCCCCCUCGUGUAUGUGAGUGUAUAUAUAUAUACUCAUAUAAGUCUCGCACAUAAUCAGCAAUCCAGCCCAUCUCCUAUUGAGUAAAGCCAACAGUACAUUAUAAGGAGUCAUCAGAAAUGGAGGGCGGAGUCGACAAGAGAUCGUCAGAAGUGUCAUCGCGGUUCGAGUUCGAGGACCUGCUGCCAGUGAUGGCGGACAAGCUCGGAGGAGAGGGGCUAAUAGAGGAGCUGUGCAAUGGGUUUAGGCUGCUCAUGGAUAAGGACAUGGGCGUCAUCACCCUCGACAGCCUCCGACGGAACAGCGCCCUCCUGGGCCUCCAGGACCUCCGAGAUGACGAGCUCUCUAGCAUGCUCCGGGAGGGAGACUUUGACGGUGACGGUGCCCUGUCUGAGAUGGAGUUCUGUGUCCUCAUGUUCCGCCUCAGCCCUGAACUCAUGGACCAGUCCAGCGCAUGGCUUGAUCAGGCCCUCGAACACGAGCUCUUCCCACAGAGAUCUUGAGAAGAGUUGAACAUACCCCUAUAGGAUUUGGAACUUGCAGGGAUCUUUGUAUUUAGUUCGCCCUCUUCAAUUUCCUGUCCAUGUCAUGCUUGUGUUUGCUUCUUCGAUCUCAGAGGAAAAAAAAUGACAGUAUGAAUGAAAUGAUCCACUGGAAAGGAAUGUCCAUAACUCAACUCCUUAACUAAUAAUUGCAGUCCGGAUAUAUAGAUAUCCAUAUGGUGAUUAUGUUAUAGAAAAUACAGGUAUUUCGUGAAA